AUGGCCUCCAUCUCUCCAAAGACUGAUGCAUCAAAAGCUCGUCGGUGGAAAUAUCAUAUGUACUUGAGUUUCAGGGGGAAGGGGAAAUUUGCAUCCCGUCUCUACGACGCGCUGCAAGAUGAAAGAAUUAAAACUUUCAUGGAUAAUCGUGAUACAAGUGGAAAUGCUAGUUAUCCCACUCUCAAAGCUACAAUGGAGGAUUCAUGGUUUGCAAUCGUCGUUCUCUCGGGAAAGUAUGCUGAUCCUACUCGUUCAUUGGAUGAACUUGCAAUGAUCUGUGAGUGCAUGAAUACCGGCCAGGACAGAAUAUUUCCAGUUUUUGAUCAAGUAGAGCCUGCUGGUUAUCAUGCAAGUACCAUGUUUGUAAACAGUGUAUCAUUUAUCUACUGGUUAUCUGUUGUUAAUCGUAGAGGUCAAGGUUCUGGCCUUUCAGCUAAUAUAUGGAGUCUUGGAUGUACUGUGUUGGAGAUGUUAACUGGGCUAGUUCCAUACCAUAAUCUCAAAUAUAUGGAGGCAUUAUGGACAAUUGGAAAAGGAGAGCCCCCUCUGGUUCCUGAUACUCUUUCAAGAGAGGCACAAGAUUUCAUCCAUCCAUGCUUAAAAGUUAAGCCAGAUGAUCGUCUCACUGCUGCUAAGCUUUUAGAACAUCCGUUUAUCGUUCCUUUUGGCGGUGGCCAGGAUCAGUUGCAUCACUGUAUAAUGAAGCGUCCGUUCAGUUGUAUGGUCGGAAAUUCGCAGGACAAUCAAGUAGUGGUUGACAAGGAAAUGGAGAUGGGACCCAUGCCGGGAGGCGGGGCAAGCAGUGUUGCUGCCAGUUCUUCUUCAUCAUCAGCUCGUUGCUGCAAGUACGAUGUGUUUUUGAGUUUCAGGGGUCCUGACACUCGCAAGGGGAUUACAUUCGACAUAUACGAACGACUUAAUUGCAGAGGAAUUAAAACAUUCAUGGAUGAUAGAGAUCUUGAAGUAGGAGAUACUAUUUCGCCCACCCUCAUAAAGGCAAUUAAAGAGUCGAGGUUUGCAAUCGUAAUUUUCUCGCUAAAUUAUGCUUCUUCUACUUGGUGUUUGGAGGAACUUAUAGAGAUUUGUCUAUCCAUGGAAGACAACAGAAUUUUACCACUUUUUUAUCAUGUUGAUCCUACUGAUGUUCGAUAUCAGAAGGGAAGUUUCAAAGAAGCUUUCUCUGAGCAUGUAAAAUCUGGGCGACACAGACCAGAGAAGGUGCAGGAGUGGAAAGCUGCUUUAUACAAAGUCGCCAAUAUCUCUGGGUGGAGUACAACUGAUCAUAAGACUGAGAGAGGACUUGUCGAAGCCAUUGUGGAUCUUCUCAGCAGUAAAGUAGUACCCGAUGCAAUCGAGUCCACAGGAGAUUUCCAAGCAUUUGAAGCAACAAGACAAGCCAUGAAUAAGGUUAUGAAGGCACUAAUAGAUGACAAGGUCACUUACGUCGGAGUCCACGGCAUGGGAGGCGUUGGGAAGACAACUAUUGUGAGACACGUAGCCGCACAAGUCUGCAAAAAUGGUACUUUUAACCAUUGGACUAUGGCAACCAUAUCCCAAAAUCUUGACUUCAAAAAAAUUCAAGGCACUUUGGCAGAGCUGAUGGGCUUCAAGUUACAAGAGGAGACAGAAGACGGAAGAGCCACUAGGUUGCAUAAGGAGAUAAUGAGAAGAGAAAAACUCCUUAUAAUCCUGGAUGAUGUUUGGGUGAGAGCAGAGUUGUCAAAGAUAGGGAUUCCCAGCUAUAUGGAGCUUCGUAAGUGCAAGUCCAAAGUGCUACUCACCACAAGGAGAUUGAAUGUAUGUCAAACCAUGAAGUGCCAAGAAAAGAUCAGCCUCAACAUUCUCUCAGUAGAAGAUUCUUUGACCUUGUUUAUGAGAAAUGCAAGAACAGUGUCCUUUGAGUCCACCACAUUUGAGAAAGCGGUGAAAAGGGUAGCUGCAGAAUGUAAGGGUCUACCGAUUGCGUUGAUAGCAGUUGCAAGGGCACUAGAAGAUAAAGACCUGGCAGAAUGGGAGAAAGCAGCACAACGACUAGAGAAGUCUCAAAGUGCCAAUCCUGACCAUGAGGAAGAUGCAUUUGAAUGUAUAAAAUUAAGCUAUGAUUACUUGAAAGAUGAGGAGUACAAGUCAUUCUUCCUACUCUGUUGUUUAUUCCCAGAAGAUGGUGAUAUAAGAAUAGAAGACUUGUUUAGGUAUGCAAUCGGGAUAGGAUUGUUUGGAGAUGCCGAGACAAUAUAUGAAGCCAAAGGAACAGCACAUACAUUGGUCAAGUACUUGAUAGAUUCUAGCUUGCUUUUGGAAAGUAAAUAUGGUGGAUAUGUAAGGAUGCAUGAUGUCGUCCGAGAUACAGCCCUGAAUAUUGCAAAAUCUGAAGGUGGGCAUCGGUUUUUGGUAAAAGCUGGAUGUGGUUUAGAUGAUUGGCCCCCAAGUCGAUUACUCUCAAACGAAGGCUGCACUGCUAUUUCACUAAUGUGCAAUCGUAUACGCGAGCUACCCCCACAGUUGCUAUGUCCUAAACUCCAGAUUUUGUUAUUGAACGAUAAUGAGAUAGUAAGAGUGAUGCCAGAAACCUUUUUUCAAACUCUGAAUGAAUUAAGAGUCUUAGAUCUUGGCGCGAAUGAUAUUUCACUACUACCCCAAUCAUUCGGUCUCCUAACCAACCUUCGAGUCUUACGUCUUAGCGACACUGAUAUUUCAUAUCUACCCCAAUCAUUCGGUCUCCUAACCAACCUUCGAGCUCUUUAUUUAGAUGGUUGUGAAAACCUAACGGAUAUUUCUGUGGUGGGAAAAAUUACGACGCUUGAGGUUCUUAGUGUGAAAAGCAGUGGCUUAAAGGAAUUAUCGAGAGAAAUAGGAAAUUUGACCAAUCUGAGGGUGUUGCAUUUGCCUGCAGGAUGUUAUAAGAUUCCAUCCAAAGUGUUAUCAAAGUUGCGUAGUCUAGAAGAACUCUACCUGGAAUAUCCAUUUGUUGAGGAAGAUUCUGCCUUUCAUGAGGAGGACUCUGCCUUCCAUGAGGUAACUGGCUUGUCAAAAUUAAGAAUUCUGCAAGUUUGGAUCCUCAAUGAAGAAUGUAUCCCCAAACUUGUUGAGCGCAAUCCGAAUUGGGUCGGGUUUUUUAUAUAUAUUGGCAAAGAUGAAGAAGUGGAAUUCGACUUUUAUCAACAUCGUGAUAUUGAUCAGAGGACCAUAUUCUUGAAACUUGACUCCAUCAGUAAAUUCCCGGCCUGGUUUUUCAACACGGUGAUAAACAAAGCAGAGAAGCUAUGCUGGGCUGAUUGCCCACGUACUGGUUUAAUCGAUGUUUUUGUGGAAUCUGAGAGGGGAAGGUUACAUUCUCUGAAGCAGCUCAAAGUAUAUGGUGGUUACGAUGAGGACGACCUGAUGAACAAAUCAACAUGGGUUCCAAAAGAACCUCUGUUCGAGAACUUGGAAGAGUUGGAUCUGCAGUACGUGGAGUUAUGUGCUGUUGAAUUUCUACCACCUGGGUCUCUAUGCAAUUUGAAGUUAUUGAACGUAUGUUCUUGUUACAACUGGGGGAAUGUGCUUUUACCAUGGACGAGAUUACCAAAUCUGGAAGAACUAACGUGUAGGUCAAUGGACGAGAUUGAAUAUGUGUUUGGGUAUGAAGCAGCGUUACUGGAGACAGAACAAUCAAAAUUGAGAAAGAUAGGAUUGUCUUAUCUAAAGAGAGUAAGAAACAUAUGUUUGGGACCUGCUCCACCUGCAAUAUUCCAGAAUCUUCAAAGUUUGUCCAUUGAGAGUUGCAAGUUGCAGGGAAGUCUCUUCACCUAUAAUGUUGCUCAGUGUCUUUCUCAGUUGAAUCACUUAAAAUUACACAACUGCCCCCUAUUGGAAAGGAUAGUUGAAGAAAGCAACAAGAAGACCAUCCUUCCAAAAUUGAAGCAGUUAACUUUGACGGAACUUUCAUCGUUGUGCUAUGAAAGUGCUACUUUUGAUAUCGAGUGUCCUUCAUUGGAGGAGUUGUCUCUGUGGGGCUGCCCCGAGUUUUCAGUCUCUGUUCCUGACUUCCACAGCAGGAAGCAAAUCCAACUCCAUGAAAGAAAAUGA